AUGAUCGCUAUCACGUGGGAUGGCAGUCACCAACAGCCAACACCCGUUGCGGGUGAGACUACGAAAACUACUCGGGACCUUUGGUAUACAGCCGGUAAUUCGCCGAGAGGUGAGGAAGACGAAGACGCUAGAAGGAUUGACCAAGAGGGAGCUUUCAUUGACACGUCGAGUGCAGAUGACAAAGGGUAUAUGACAGGAGACACGAACGUCGACGCCUCUUCAACCAAUGACAAAAUGCGAACCAAAACAAAAGCAAGGAUGGAAACGAAGACAGGCAGCACCGGCAGACAAAGUAACCCCGUCUCCUUUGAAAUUCAGCGAACUGCAGUGAGCGAGAAUGCCGACAGAGAGAAAGACAGGAUCCAAAUAUGUGCCAACGACCGAAAGCGGUAUCGCCGUUUGGCGAUAAACGAAAUCACGGUUUCAAGCCUAAAGCAUUUGUUCCUGCCUGGAAUAUAUUUUGGUUCUCAGAAAAUGAGAAACCCUAUUUCAGGUGAUUUUGCCAACUCGCGACAACCACACCAUACUGUGGCUAACACUAAUGUCGACCUGAACUAUAAUCAUGGUUCAUUCGGUUCCCGCGACCAUGAUCUAGCGAUGCGAAGCGCUGCUCCUUUUGUGUCUCUCUCCGAUUCGGCAGCUCACCAGCCUACAACGGCGAUCCCGUCACCUACUCUCUUGCGCUUUCGCACUGAUGAACGGGGCGAACAGCGUUCAGAAUUGAUCCCGAUUGACCAGCUCGAGAGCCGCUUCCAGCAAUUAUCCCCUGAAGAGCGAGACAUUCUCGUUAAGCAUGCGACAUCACGGGCAUUUUCCCACCUCGAGUGGCUGUACGAAUGGCAAAAAAAGUAUGCUCCCACCCUUCUUCUGGUUGAACAAGGCCAAGACCAAGUAACCUCUCCUAUUCCUUCUUCCUAUAAUGAAGAAUUUGUAAGCGAUGGCGUUUCAUGGAUUUCGAAUGCCUCAGGUGAUGGCACAGACAUCGCCACGCCAGAUGGGAAGGACGCUCGAGAGGAGACGAUUAUGCUAUCCGCGGUUGAGGAGGCUGAAGGUAUUGUGCAAGGGCAGGCGUUAUGGGAUGAGACUUUCAUCACGUUGAAGAGGAAAAAUAUACCGAAUAUUACUUACACGGUUGACCAAGUAAACGAAGAUGUUGGAAUUUUUCUGGAGAGGUACAGAGACGCUGUGUGGUCGCUUCCUCUUCAGCAGAUUGUAAAUGCCACGCUCAAUGGAGGAAUCUUUCCUGCGCUCGUCGAGAGACAAGCUGCUUCUUAUCCCGAUCUCAAGAGAAAUGUUCAGUGUAACCCAGAGUAA